AUGAACGACGUUGCUAAAAUAAAAAAGAAUUCCAUAUUAGGGAAGGUUAAAAGCCUACGUAUAAAGAAGAAUGACAAAAAUUCAGAUAAUGGUUCCAACGACAGCAAUAAUGCUGCUGUUAGUAAAAGGCCUUCUUCUAUUCUUAAUAAUGGAAGCGAAAACAAAGAAAAAAGAAGAUCAAUUUUUGGUGGUGGUGGUGGAAAAUCUAAUGGUGGUAUAGUGGUGGAGAAAGUAGAGAAAAAAGAGGUGACCGUCAUCCCACCGAAAAAUGAAACAAAUGUGGAAAACUACGAGAAAACUUUAAAGGACGAUUUAUCAAAGACUAAUGAAUCACUCCAAAAAGAUUUAGCCAAGAAUAAUGCCGAAAUUGAAGCUUUGAAACAUGCCAUCGAAGAAGAGAAAUCACGUGGUGCGAAUGAAAUCGAAGACUUGAAACAAAAAUUAUCCUCUAAAAUUGACGAAUUGAGCAACCUAAACAACAUUAUACAAAACUCCAACCAAGAAAUAAACGAACUAAAGGCAAAAUUAACUCAGGAAGAGUCGCUAAAAGAAAAACUAAAGGCCGAGAUCGAUGAGAGUAAGAAACAGAUUGAAAAGAUAAAUAAAGAUGCGAUUGAACAAAAAACCUCCUCUUCAGAAGCCAAAGUAGCUUUGGAAGUUAGCAAACACGAAAUAAAUCAACUAAAAUCUGAAUUGUCACAACGUAACUCUACCAUGCAAUCCUUAAAUCAAGAAUUGAUCUCAAGUAGAAAAGAAGUUGAUAAACUUAAAAAAGAGUCUGAACAACGUAACAAAUCUGCCUCAUCUUUACAUUCCGAUCUUGAAAAUACAAAAUUAGCUCUUCAAUCAAGCAAAGACGAAAUAAAUAAAUUGAAAGGAGAGUUAGAUAAUUCCAGAAAGCAAACUAAAAAUUUCGAAUUCGAAUUAUCCAACAAUAAAAAAGAAUUGGAAAAUGUCAAACGAAAUUCCAUAAAUGAAAUAAAUGAAAAAUUCGUCGAUAGGUCUGAAUAUGAAAACAUUUUAAGCGAUCUCAACAAGUAUAUCGAAAUAAAUCAAAAUUUAAAUCAAGAAAUCGAAAAGCUAAAAUUCAAUCAGCCUAUAAGCGAAAAAAGAGACGAAGCUAUCAGACAAGCAAGAAAUUCCAAAUCAGAAUACGACACUUUACAAAAUUUCUUUAACAACAUUCAAUCCGAUUCGGAGGAAAAAAUUAAAUCCUUGCAAGAAUUGAGGUCUCAGUUGGACGCAAAAGAACAAACAAUUCUACAUCAAACAAAUGUGAUCCAUUCAAUGGUACCCAAAAUCACUUACGAUAGUUUAAAUCAAUCAUUAUUGAAUAAACAAUCCGAGUUAGAAUAUGUUAAAGCUGAAUUGCAAACAACUAAAUCUGAUUUGGAAUCUAUUAAAACUGAAUUACACCAAGUUAAAUCAGAUUUUGAUUCAAGACUAGGUGGUGAUUCAAGCUCGAUUGAUGAAAUAAAAACUCAAUUAUCAAGUGCCAGAGCUCAAUUACAAGCUAAUAUUUGGGAAAAGAAUCGUAGCGAUAUAAUCAUUUCUGAAUUGAAAAGUAAAUUGGAUGGUUUAUCGGCCAAUCAAUCUAACCUAUUGGAAUCUCUAAAUCAAAAAUUACGUUUAGAACUUGAACAAACUAGAAUACAAGUCAAGAACGUUGAAAAAUUAAUGUCCGACAAUGAGAAAUUGAGAGCUGAAAAUCAAAAAUUACAAUCAGAAAUUGGUCAAUCUAGAGCACAAGUCUUACCCGACAAUGAGAAAUUAAGAGCUGAAAAUGCAGAAGCCGUCAAAAACGAUAAAACUUCUUCUUCUUCACAUAAAUAUAACGGAAUAAGUAUUAAUCGCUCAAACUCAAAUAUCAGUUCUUCUGAUGAUUCAGAAACGUCACCAACGUCUCCGCAAUCAUCUAACAAGAACAAUCCUAAUAUUAUUAAGAACAAUACUAAUGGUAACGUUAAUGGCAACGUUAAUGGCAGUAAAGUUAAAAAAAACAAACGUAAGAGUGUCGUGGAACCAUUACAUACUAGUAAUGUAGAAACUACCGAUCAAACAAAUGAUUACCCCAAACCUACCCCAAGGCCCAAAAAAAAUGAUAGUAACAAUAACAGCGGCGAAGGCGAAUGGAUCACUGUUCAAAAAAGAAGAAGCAUCAGGUAUUUGUGA